UUUUAAAGUUCCUGGGGUGGGGGGGAACGACCGGGACAAAACCAGGAGAACAGGGUCAAAUUUAACCUCCGGACUAAAUAUUUCAUACGUCUUUAGUACCGGGAGGAUAGACACAAAUCUGAAGGCAAGGUGAAACGCGCAGGAAACCACCAGAAGGUCUCGACUUCCCGAUUAUAACGACAGAAAAUAGAGAAAAUGGCGGAGCCGGACAAACUAAACAUCGACUCGAUAAUUCAGCGUCUCCUGGAAGUCAAAGGCUCUCGGCCGGGGAAGAACGUUCAGCUAACGGAGAAUGAAAUCCGUGGCCUCUGCCUCAAGUCUCGGGAAAUCUUCCUGAGCCAGCCCAUCCUGCUGGAGCUCGAGGCUCCUCUAAAAAUAUGUGGCGACGUCCACGGUCAGUACUACGAUCUCCUCCGACUCUUCGAAUACGGAGGCUUCCCCCCAGAAAGCAACUACCUGUUCCUGGGAGACUACGUCGACCGAGGGAAGCAGUCGCUGGAGACCAUCUGUCUGCUUCUAGCCUACAAGAUCAAAUACCCAGAAAACUUCUUCCUGCUGCGCGGCAAUCACGAGUGCGCCUCGAUUAAUCGAAUCUACGGUUUUUAUGAUGAGUGUAAGCGACGGUACAAUAUCAAGUUGUGGAAGACCUUCACAGACUGCUUCAACUGUUUACCCGUGGCCGCCAUUGUAGACGAGAAAAUCUUCUGUUGCCACGGAGGCCUCUCCCCGGACCUUCAGUCGAUGGAGCAGAUCCGCAGAGUAAUGCGACCCACAGACGUGCCCGACCAGGGCCUGCUGUGCGACCUGCUGUGGGCCGAUCCAGACAAAGACGUCCUGGGCUGGGGGGAAAACGACCGCGGCGUCUCCUUCACGUUCGGGGCGGACGUGGUGGCCAAAUUUUUGCACAAACACGACAUGGACCUAAUAUGCAGGGCGCAUCAGGUGGUGGAAGACGGUUAUGAGUUUUUUGCUAAGAGGCAGCUCGUCACUCUUUUCUCUGCUCCCAACUACUGCGGAGAGUUCGACAACGCUGGUGCCAUGAUGAGCGUGGACGAGACGCUCAUGUGCUCCUUUCAG